UCAAGUUGUAUGACUUUGUAUUCUAUAUAGUGCAAAUCUUUCUUGGUUUUGUCUCAUCAUUUUCUCUUUUUUUAAUAGUUGAUAUGUGUCAAUAGUACUCCAUAAAACACCCUAAACUAUCAUUGGGAAACACCCUAAAUUAUCAUUGGGAUCACAUAAUAGAAACCUUACGCAUAUUAAUCUUAGUCAUGGCAAAGUUAGAAAAGGUGGUAUUUUGGUACAUUCUAUUGCUUCUUCCCGCCAUAGUGUUAGGCAAGUGUACUUGCGAUCCCGAUGACGAGGGAAGAAAUAAAAAAGAGGCGCUCAAGUACAAAAUGGCAGCACUCGCAUCCAUUUUGGUUGCGAGUACAAUUGGGGUGUGUAUUCCGGUGCUGGGCAAGGUGAUUCCCACCUUAAGUCCAGAGAGGAAUUUCUUCUUCAUAAUCAAAGCUUUCGCAGCUGGUGUGAUCCUAUCAACGGGGUUUAUACACGUGCUCCCUGAUGCAUUUGAAAGCCUAACAUCGCCGUGUUUGAAAGAGCAUCCCUGGAGAGAUUUCCCUUUUAGUGGAUUUGUUGCUAUGGUUUCCGCAAUGGCGACUCUGAUGGUGGAUACUUAUGCUACUUCUUAUUAUAAUAAGAAAAAUUUGAAAAGUGUAGUGGUGGCUCAGUCUGGAGAGGAAGGAGGAGUUAUUAAUCAUGCUCACUCUCAUGGUUCAGCAUCAAUGAUGGCUAAUUCUGAGUCCGAACUACUUCGUUACCGUGUUAUCUCUCAGGUUUUAGAAUUGGGAAUAAUAGUACACUCAGUGAUAAUAGGAAUAGCUUUGGGUGCUUCUGAAAGUCCCAAAACCAUAAAGCCUCUUGUUGCUGCUUUGACUUUUCAUCAGUUUUUCGAAGGCUUGGGACUUGGUGGAUGCAUUGCUCAGGCAAAAUUGAAGACCCGCACAAUUGCAAUUAUGGUUUUAUUUUUCUCGCUCACAACCCCAAUCGGAAUAGGAAUUGGGCUGAUAAUAACAAACGUUUACGAUGAGAACAGUCCAACAGCUCUUAUUGUUGAAGGAACAUUUAAUUCGGCUUCAGCUGGCAUUUUGAUUUAUAUGGCACUGGUUGAUUUCUUAGCUGCCGAUUUCAUGCAUCCAAGAAUGCAAGGCAAUGGAAAGCUUCAAUUAGGGGCCAAUAUUUCACUUCUUCUUGGUGCUGGACUCAUGUCUAUGCUAGCCAAAUGGGCUUAAUUGAUCAAUAUGGAGCAAUAUCAAUUUCACAUCUUUUUUUUUUUGCAUCUUCUUUUGACAGUUGGUUCUACAGUAUACGAUUAUAAAUCUUUUUAAAACUACAUUGAUUGACUUGUUUUGUUUAUAUAUAUGGUAGAUUCUGCUUUCUUCGUGUGAAGUGUUCUUCGUAAAAUGUUGGUUGAGAGCAACCAGUACAUUGUGUAAUAAAUAAAAACAGUGCCUAGUUGGUAUUUGAAUAUUGGAACAA